AGUUACUCGCCUCAAUGUCUGACGAAGUGCCUUUGGGACGUUUAUCGCAAAUUUUUGAUACUCUAACCAAUUUACAACAACAACAACAGCAGCAACAACAACAGCAACAACAACAACAGCAACAACAACAACAGCAGCAACAUCAGCUGCACCUGCAGCAGCAGCAGCAAGCAGCGGCAGCAGAGCAGCUGCGUCGACGCUCUGCCUCCUCGUCGCCCUCACCGUCGGCCAGUGCCUCGGCGUCCUCAUCGGGCCGUGCCACGCCCGCCGCCGCGCUGGGCGUGGCYGCAACACAGACACUCUACUACACACACACGCACAACUACUUUCUGCGGCCGCAAGAUGGCACCAGCUACCUGCACACAUUCCCCGCCACCGCCGCAGCGCAGCAUUCGUCGCACUUCUAUCAGCAGCAUCAACAGAUGCAGCAUCAACAGCAGCUGCAGCUGCAGCAUCAGUUGCAGCAGCCGCCUUCGCUGCCCGGCCGACUGUCGGGCUCUGGCUCCGGCUCGGCAUCCGGCUCCGGAUCUGGCUCCGGCACGCAGUCGCUGCACGCUUCGCCGCUGCUGGCCAAGCGAGCCACCUCGUUUAGCGGCCAGAUGCCGCUGACGCGUGCCGCCCAGUUGCAUGAGGCACGCCUGGUGGCCGCCUCGACGCCCAACAGUCCGCGGCUGAUGCCGCGACGCGCGCCUCGCCCGCCGCCCAUACCGGCCAAGCCGGCCAAGGAGCUGAGCGGUGCGAGUGGUGCAGCUAAUGCGCCGACGCAUUCGCUGAAUCCCGUGCUCGCCGCCCUGGACGCACCCGAUGCGCCCUGGCCGCACUUCUCGUCCCUCACCGAGCACCUGGACGUGCAUCAGCUGAACAACUAUGGACAGGCAUUGCCCGAAAUCAACUGGCAGGAGCGCUGCUUGGAGCUGCAACUGGAGCUGCAUCGAUCCAAGAAUCAGGCGGGCCGCAUUCGGGACAUGCUGCGAGAGAAGGUAAGUCACAAAAGAUUAACAUUAAAAACUAUGAACUGGUACUUCUAGUAAACUGGAACUAGUUCUGGUUCCGGCUCA